AUGGAAGAAGGGGUGAAUAAUUCUGCCCACAAAUCUAUCUAUCUAUCUAUCUAUCUAUCUAUCUAUCUAUCUAUCUAUCUAUCUCACUUCAUUCGCCUUUAUCUAUCACACUUCAUUCGCAUCUAUCUAUCUAUCUAUCUAUCUAUCUAUCUAUCUAUCUAUCUAUCUAUCUAUCACACUUCAUUCGCCUUUAUCUAUCACACUUCAUUCGCAUUCAUCUAUCUAUCUAUCUAUCUAUCUAUCUAUCAUCUAUCUAUCUAUCUAUCUAUUCAUUCAUCACUUCAUUUCUAUUUUUAUCUAUCACACUUCAUUCGCAUGUAUCUAUCUAUCUAUCUAUCUAUCUAUCUAUCUAUCUAUCACCCUUCAUUCGCAUCUAUCUAUCUCAUCUAUAUAUCUAUCUGUCACACAUCAUUCGCAUAUAUCUAUCUAUCUAUCUAUCUAUCUAUCUAUCUAUCUAUCUAUCUAUAUAUAUAUAUAUUUAUCUACGAUAUUAUUAAAUUUUAA